CCAAAAGAAAAAUGAACCUUUCAUUUUUAAGAGUUGCGAAUAUCUUACAUACUGUGCCGUUUGUCUUGGUUAUCACACAGAAUCAUUAAAAAUUAUCUCCUCUUCUCUUUUCAUUUUCUGAAAAGAAUGGUAGGAUUCAACGUAGUAAACCUGAUAGCCCUGCUCGGAAUCCUCUUGGCAACUUCGUUGCAGAGAAUUAUGGGUCAAAACUGUGAUUGUUCACCAGACUUAUGUUGUACUCGAUCCGGAAUGUGUGGCUUGGGUGAAAAGUUUUGCGGCUUUGCUUGUUUAGAAGGUCCGUGCUAUGCUUUUCUGCCGGUUUCAGAUACCGUAACAGUUGAAUUCUUCGAUGGGAUUAAGAAUGGAGCAGAAGGGAAUACAUGCCCAGGGUUGGAUUUCUAUUGGCGUGGUUCGUUUCUGGAUGCCCUAAAGUCGUAUACUCUGUUUGGUCAAGAAGGGACUACGGAUGACUCGAAACGAGAAAUUGCUGCAUUCUUUGCUCAUGUAACUUAUGAAACUGGAAAUUUUUGUAAGAUUGAAGAAAUAGAUGGUCAAAGCAAGGAUUAUUGCAUUGAGGAGAACGAGAAAUAUCCCUGUGCGCCCGGGAAACAAUACUAUGGCAGAGGACCGCUUCAGUUGUCUUGGAAUUUUAACUAUGGUUAUGCAGGAGAGAGUAUUGGUUUUGAUGGUCUCAACGCUCCCGAAACUGUCGCUAAUGAUCCCAUCAUCUCUUUCAAAACAGCUUUGUGGUUUUGGAUGAACAAUGCGCAUUCGUUGAUCAAUUCAGGUCAAGGAUUUGGGGGGACUACUCGUGCGAUUGCACUUGCGUGUAAUGGGGAAGAGGCCAGGAUCAAUUACUAUAAGAGUUACUGUGAACAAUUUGGUGUGUCACCUGGGGAUAAACUAACUUGCUAAAAGAAUUCCAUUUACUAGACAAUCUGAGAGAGUUCUGUUUCGUUCAAAAUGAUGAAUGAAUAACAAUCAAGAAUUUAUUUAUUUUUAUAUUUUUUAGUGGAGAAUUGACUGGAAUAAUGAGUUUUCAUAGUACUAGUACCAAAAUGAUUUUUCUCAAGUGGAAUAAUGGGUUUUGUCUUGGUGUCCUAAUUUUUGGUUGGUAAUUUUUUUUAUUGAAAA